CGACAGGGCAUUCAAUAAUCCAGUUUGUUGUUUGGGUACCCACGCCCGCCACAGUUGCGCCCGUGUCGUGCUACUUACAAGACGUCUUCUACUCAGCGUUCUCUAAGCUCAAUUUGUUCAAGCAAAAAUAAAGAAAAUGGUUUCUGCAGUAAAAUCAUUCUUGGCUAUUGCCGUCAUUGCUAGUGUAGCUACUUCAGCUUUUGCCGUACAGUGCUACAUCUGUGAUUCAGUCACCCAACCAAAGUGUGGUGAGAAAUUCGAAGCGAGUGAUGAUAUGAAAUUCGAUUGUUCACGUGUGUCGCCACCACGCUUCUUGCAGAACUUCUUCAACGUACACAAUGCCACCGGUUGUGUGAAGAAAGUGCUUGAUGUUCCCGGUCAUCCACAAAUCAUUCGUAGCUGCUUCUAUGGUGACGUAUCCAACACACAAACGGGCUGCCAAGCAGAUCCCUCUUUGCCGUUCGUAAAGCAAUUGUCAUGCGAUGUGUGCACAGGCAAUCUCUGCAACGGUUCCAGCGCCAUGGCUCCCAUCGCUGCUGCCAUUGUACUAUUCUUCGCUUUGGCUCGUAUGCUGUCUUAAAAUGGUUCGCCACCACUGUAACAAUCGCUGUUUAGCAAAAAAAAAAAAAAUAUUUAAAAUUUAAUUUAAGAGCUUUUCUUCUACUACAAACAGCGAUAAAGUAUUUAAUAUUGUAUAAUUAGUUUGUAAAUUUGUGUAUUUGUAUUUGUACCGAUUUUAAUACAAUUAUUAUAUAUGUAUUUCCUCUCUUCUAUAA